AUGUUGAGUCGGAACGUCAGAUGGUGGCUGCCACUAGUUUUCCUCACCAAGUUUCUCAGCCAAUCGAUAUUGUCUGGACUAGGUACCAUGGUCACGGACGAACUGGAAGGUCCCCCGCAAUCUUUUGCAUCCGCCGUUUUGGAGACAGUCGGAGCAAAGCAGCCUAUGCAACAGUUAACUCCUUUGAAGAGUGAUAUCAAUGUACCGAUUUUGGAGCAAAAGGUUGAGGAAGGCAUUGUUGUAGAGGAGAGUCCCAUUCAGGAGGAUUUUGCGAACGAUAAUACGGAAAAGUCCAUCCAAGAGGACCUUGCUAACCCGCAUAUAGAAACAGUGGAAGAGGCGAUGGUGGAGGAGCCGAUUAGCCAGAUUGAAAGGGAGACUCCUAUCGUAUCUUCUAUGCCGGAGACUAUCCCGGAGAGCGACCUCAUACGCUCAACCCAGCACGCACAAGAGAACAUUGCUGUGCUUGCCGUUAACAGCUCUGCGUCUACAGACUCGGAUCCUGCGGAUAGCGAAAGCGAAUCUACGUCUGUUGAGGUAGUCGCACUCGUCGACACAACCUCCUUGAGCCCGUCACCCAGCCCACCCAUUGUAGUUCCAGGAUAUGAUCCUCGCUACCAGCGAAAUUAUGAUAUCGAGGUUCUCUAUUACCAACCCGAUACGUACCUCAUUACCAACAAGCCAUGGGAUUUGCGUAUUGACGGAGAUACGACUAGCUGUCCCACAUCCGAAUCUCUCUUAUAUGCUCAUUUCACUGAGCACAAGAAGCUAUACCUACUUCACCAGCUCGACUAUGUCACGUCGGGAGUCCAUUGUUGGGGUUUGUCCAAAAAGGCUGCGAGCGUUGCCGGAAAAUGCUUCGUUCGCCGACAAGUGAAAAAGACCUACUCCGCGUUGGUCAAGGGUCACAUAGUGGAGGACGAUUUUCUUAUUGACAAACCAUUGACUGAUGAUCCCACGGACGAGAAGCGCGUCAUAGUUGCUGAUGGUACCGAAGAAAAUCCUGGUAAACCAUCGGAAACGCGAGUGCAAGUAUUGAAGCGUGGAUACUUCCUCACAUACCCGGUUACUCACGUUAUGUUGAGUCCCCGGACGGGCCGCCGUCACCAGCUUCGUGUGCACCUGGCUUCCAUCGGACACCCUAUCAUCGGGGAUCCAGCCUACGAACGACCACAUACCGAGGAAGCCUUCCGUACCAUGUUGCACUCCUGGAAAUUGGAGCUUCCAGUUCCCGGGGACCAACCCCUUAAAUUUGAAGCCUCAGAGCCAUUUGAGAUACUUGUCAAGGACGAACCUGGUAAUUGGGAUGCCAUUCCAAAGAGGAUACCACUCAUUGAUCCCGCACCAUCACCGUCGCUCCAGAAAGCGGUCAAUGAUGAGGAGCCUGGUAUGCCAAAGGUAGCAGACGCGGAUGAACACGUUGUGGACGCACAGAAAAUUGUGGAUGAGCAUUUGAGGCUCUCCUACGAGUAUGAGGCCUAUUGGAAAGAUGCGCUGAAGGCAGAGGCUGCUCAAGGAGAAGGCAAUCGUGAAAUAGCUACAGAGGAGGAUAUUUCUGAUGCUGCUGGACAUGCCGCAAUUUCCAACGAGGUUACUCACGACGUUAGUCACUUAGACACCGGCCUGGAUGCUGUGGAAUCCACUGAGGACAAGCUCACAGCUGAAGCCGAUGAUGAAGCUCAAAAAACAGUGAAUGAGCAUCUGAAAUUGUCCUACGAAUACGAGGCUCACUGGCGGCGCACUUUGGAGCUUGAUGAAGAGCAGCAGGCAAAAGAAGUGGGUGACGCAGACCCAGUUGUCGCUGCCAGUGAAGAGACAGAAAAAGGUAAUGGCGACGAUACUAUUCCCGUCAUUGCCGAUGUUCUUUCUGUUGUACCAGCGGCAGGCUUCAUGGAUACCAGCGAGUCACCCUCCAACCCCGUGGAAGGGGUACCGACAGCGAUCUCCCCUGUCGAGGGGAACCAGUCGCCCACGGAACCGGCAGUCUUGGCGUCAGACGAUACUAGUACUGUCAUCCCAGCCAAAAGAACGUGUGACGAAGUCUUCCAGGAGACUGUCGUCCCUGCCAAAAGAGGAGCGGACGAUACACCGCUGACUACCCCCGCUACGCCAAGCAAAAAGGUCAAUAUGAUGCAAGAUCAUGGAGAACUUGAAGAGAAGACCGAUGAUGACGAUCUGGACCAGAGCCAAACCGCUGACGGCCCGGUGGAGGAGGAAGGUAAUGACGAAACACCGGCCCCUCAGGUUAUCCCGGCGGAAGGGGCAGAUUAUGUCUCAGAAGCAGUGGCUGAGGUCCAGCCGGUUGAAAGGGCUCUUGUGGACGACGAUGCCGUGGUCUCUAUGGAGGACACUGCUGCUGAAGGGGAGCCGGCCACUGAAGGCAUCUCUGCGGAGGGAAUAGAUUUUGCAUCGCAGACAGCGGUUGAGGAGGUACAGACUGAUGAAACGCCUCUUCCAUCUGAGGCUGCAGAGGUGCAGAUACAUGAAGGACUCCCCGCAGAUCAUACGCAGGGCAACGUGCAGCCUACUGUUGAGACUCUCCGCGAGAUUCCUCAAGCCGAGCUGGAGGAGGCAGUGACAGAGAAGCAAUCAUCCGAAGUGGCCGAGGUCGAUGAGGGUAUUACUGCUGGUGAAGAAGUGACAAUCGGUGAACAACCAAUGGAAGUCCCCCAAGUUGAAGUAGAGCCCGAGCAACCUCCGACUUCCCUGUACAUUGUUGCAUCAGAAGUUCCGGAGCUCAAGAAUGUGAUUGAACUGCCUGAAGAGAGCGUCAUUCAGUCGAAUACACUAGAAUCUGCCAAAGACGCAGCAGAGGAAGACAGCGUCCUUGUGUCGACUAUUGGUGAUGUUUUGGGUGCGGACGUGGAGCCUAGCUCGGUUGAGAAUGUAGCUCUACAGGAUCAACUCAUUGAAGCGGUAUGCGAAAUCAUUAGUCCAGCUGGCUCGGAGACUAUCUCUGAAGUUGAGGGGACUGUGAAGGACACCGAGCCAGCCGCAGAAGAAUCACUGAAGAAGAUUGAAACAUUCGCAGCAGAGCAAACUGGCGAGUCAGUGGACAGCACGGAUUCUGUGGUGGCGAACGAGCUACUCAAGGACGCUGUCGCAGUACCCAUCGAAAGGGAGGUUGGAAUAACCGCACCGGAAGAAGCUUUUGGGACAUCAGAACAGGAAUCUGUUGUCGAAGCGGUAGUGAACACAAUUGCCACGGAGGUUGAAGGUGUUGCAGAAGAGACGCUCCGCACCGCGCCGGUAAAUGUUGGAGACGCAGAAGACACCCAUGUCCAUAUGGAAACUGAGCCAGAAGUUUCGGAGACAGCUGUCCGUCGCGAAGAACCUGCUGAGCAACCCAAUGAAGAGGUAGCGUGCAUGGCAACCCCAGCAGAUGUCGUUGACGCCGCGCGUGAGCUUACUGUGGAGGAAGAGCCUCUUGAGGAGCCUGUUACUGAAUCUGUGAUCUCUACGGAAAGCGUUUCACAAACUUCAGAGCCUGAAGAGCAGCAUUCUCCUAUUGUCGAAGAGUCUGUUGGCAAGUCCGUGGCUGAACCUGUGAUUUCUGCGGAAAGCGCUUUACAAGUUCCAGAGCCCGAAGAAUCUAUUAUCGAAGAGUCUGUUGGCAAGUCCGUGGCUAAACCUGUGGUUUCCACGGAAAGUAUCUCACAAGCUCCAGAGCCUGCAGAGCCGCAGUCUCCUAUUAUCGAGGACUCUGACGGGGAGUCCGUUACUGAACCUGUGGUUCCCGCCGAAAGCUUCCUGCAAAAUGCAGAUGCUGAAGAACAUUAUUCCCCCGCCGAAACUGUUCCACCUCCUCGUCAGGAUGGUAUUUUGGAUGAGAGAUCAGAAAUCACAUCUGAGCCUCUUCCAUCAAAGGACGACGUUCCAGCUCCAAAGGCUAAAGGUGGCUGUAUUCUGUUAUAAUUAGAUGAUAGAAUGACUAGAUGCAAGAGAAGACUCUCUGAUUUGGAAACAUAUAUGUUCAAAGGAUUUGGCAGGAUUUGAGUAGCGCAGUAUUUGGGUAGCAAGUUUUUUUUUUUUUUUUCAUUUUAUAUCAGGAAAAGGACAUUUAUGUGUUUGGAAUUAUGUAGGGUCAUUGUGUGCCUUAGAUUUCUGCUUGUUAUAGUUGUAUUAAAGGGAUCUCAUCGUCUCUCCGUCGUAUUUUGCAUGCUGGGUAUUAGCCGAUGCUGCUCCAAGAAGAAGAAUAGAGAUUUGCAAUGCG